AAAGGGCUUAUAAUAAAACCUCUAUUUCUUUCUUCGCCGUGGUGCGAUCCUCUCGCCGUCUCUCUCUCUCUCUCAACUAUGGAAGUACUGGGACUCCCUUCUCUAAAUACUCUGAGGAGUUCAUCUCAUGGGUUUCAGAAAAAACAAAGCAUAAAACUAAUGGGAAGGCGUGAAUUUUUCGAAGUUUCAAAACCAUCUUCUCCGGAAACCAAACUCACUUACAGAACCCAUUAUCAUUCAAGAAUUCGAAUGAUAGCGGAUGAGGAAGAGGACUCGGCAAGGCAGAUGAAGGAGAUGGCUGCAGCCAAAAAGAGAUGGGAAGCUCUGAUUAGGGAAGAAAAGGUCAAAGUCUUGACACCAAGGGAGGCUGGUUAUGCAAUUCAACUUUCUAACACAACUCUUCUUGAUGUCCGCCCCUCUACAGAACAUAAAAAGGCAUGGGUUAAAGGGUCAGCCUGGAUUCCAAUAUUUGAUGUUGACAACAGAUUUGAUGUUGGCAUACUUUCAAGAAAGAUAACAAAUUUUGUGAUGGGGGGUUGGUGGAGUGGUGUACCAACAUUAUCAUAUGACAGCCAGUUCUUAGCAAAGGUUGAGGAGAAGUUUUGUAAAGAUAUUGACCUCAUUGUUGCAUGCCAAAAGGGAUUAAGAUCACUUGCUGCAUGUGAGCAACUUUACAAUGCAGGCUACAGAAACCUCUUCUGGGUUCAAGGAGGUCUAGAAGCUGCUGAAGAAGAAGAUCUUGAGAGGGAAGGUCCUCAGCCUUUCAAGUUUGCUGGAAUAGGCGGAGUUUCCGAGUUCCUUGGUUGGACUGAUCAACAACGAGCUGCAGCUGCCAAGGAAGGUUGGGGUUAUCGCUUAGUCUUCUCUGCACGUCUGGUUGGUCUUUUUAUCGUUGCGGAUGCCUUGUUUAUUGGGGCUCAACAAGUGGGUCGUUAUCUUCAGGACCUGAGGUCCCACUGAGAGUUUAAUGUAGGAAUUAGUGGUAUCUAUGCACAGAGCUUCUCAGAGAUGAUUUAUCCCAUCUCCUGAUCACAUUCUAGCCACUGGAGAUUCUUUAAAUCCCAAUUUUGGAAUUGGAAGCUUGUGUCCAUUUGGGGUUUAAUCGUGGAAGAUGCCAUUCUGGAUCCCACUCUGGCUCUCUUCUAUAUCUUUUUCACGCUUCCAUUUUUAUGGUACAAUUUCCUGGUUAUUUAGCUAUAUUUUGCCGCGUUCCAGAUUAUGUGCUCUUCUUUGUAACUAUGAGGAGUGGAUGUGCAUUUCCACAUGGAAUUUUGGUGGACAUUCUUUUGCAAAUCAAGACUUAGCUGCCGAAAUGUUAUUUUAUGGAGUGCACUAAAUUUUCUAUCC